AUGGACAACCAGCAGGAAGGCAACAGUAUGCGAUCUCAUGCACCAAGAAAAGUUUUGCCACCUUCAUCAACGCAACAAACAAGAGAAAGACACAAAGACUACAUAGCGGCUGUUACAAAGAUGAAGAAUGCUACAAAAACGCCAACAACCAGCAUAUCAUUUCUUUUUUCUUUUUCUUUUGCGAGUAACCAGCAUCUCAUUUCAACACGACACCACAAAGGAUCAUCCAUCCAGGGCUGGAAAUACAUCUUUGAGUACAUCAAGAAAGGAAUCCCAGAUGUACAAUUCGUUCACAAGGAAGAAGAUAUUGUGCUAUUUAUCCUAUGA